AUCAGUCAACCCCCCGCGCAUUCAUUGUGAUUGUGCUGCAACAGAAAAGAAAAACAUUUUAUCAGCAAAUUACCCAACUACAUAGCGUGUGUAGCUUUAGGAGCUAUUUUGUGCGCGCCAUGACGGUGAAGGUCCCGGCACAGGCAAAGCGAGUGAAAUACGUGUACAUCCCCGCAGACGUUCACGAGCAAAUCCAGGAGCGAGAGAUAGAUGUGCCCGAGGGCCGCGAGGUGGAGUGCCUGUUGGACUGCCUGAAGGACCACUUCAAGGCGGCUGGGGGGACAAAGACGGCGGCGCAGCGGGAGGCACAGAAGCAGCAACUCAUUGCCCAGGUGGGCGCGGAGUCCGCCGCCAAGCUGAGUGAGCAGAUGUUGGCGGCGGCGCUGGACAUGCAGAUGGUAGAGACCAUCCCGCUGCUGGUGAACAACCGGGACAGCGGCUUCGUGGGCGUCAACAUGUACUGUGACGACCAGGCACAGGUCAAGGAGCUGCCACUGAACAUGAGGGCUAGCAACAUAGCAGACUGUUGCGGCAAGCCCAUGCAGGUGAACGGCGACGUGUUCCUGGCCCGGCUGUUCGACAACGACGACGCCUUCGUGCGCCUGGACCUGGGCCUGCCCGAGGUCACCAGCACAGCGGCCUGGGUGGCGGCGGCGGCGGCGCAGGCGGCGCGCCGCAUGCAGCAGGGCGACCGGGCGGCUGACUUCAUGGCGCAGAUGCAGCAGCAGCAGCGGAAGCAGGGGCAGGCAGCGGCGGCGGCGGCGGUGCCGGCGGCCACUGUGCGGGAGCUGACGCCUGCUGAGGCGGAGAAGGAGGCGGGCAAUGCAGCGGUGAAGCGGGGGGACUGGUCGGGGGCCGUAGAGCGCUACAGCGCGGCCCUGGGUCUGGACCCGGGCAUGACGGCCGCCGCCAACAACCGGGCACUGGCGCUGCUGCGACUGGGGAGACAUGACGAGGCGGAGGCAGACUGCAGCAAGGUUUUGGAGGACGAGCCGCGCAACGUCAAGGCCCUGUUGCGGCGGGCGUCGUGCCGUGUGGCGCUGGGGCGGCGAGAGGGGGCGGUGGAGGACCUUCAGGCUGUGUUGGCGCUGGAGCCGCACAACAAGGACGCCCAGGCCGAGCUGACCAAGCUGGCGCCGCCGCCCCCGCCCGCACCGGCCGCAGCAGGGGAGCAGGUGUCCGCGUGAGGCCCGGCCCUGGGUGUCGUGAAGCCAGCUGCGCCUCAAACCGUGGAGCUAUGCUGUGCUGCAGAAUCCCACAGACUGCCGUUGUGGUUUGACGCAAGUAGGCAGAGUAGGCAGGAUCGGAUGGUCUAGCUUUAUGGUAAUGAAAGAGUGGAAGAAUAAGGCCGCCGCACACCCGUGGCCUGUGUCACUGUGUGCAUCCAGUAAGCAGCAGCCCUGCUGCGGCCCCCGUAUGGUACGGUACUACUUUCCAGGUGAAGCGGGCUGACUUGCGAGGGGGCAUGGCGGCUCAGGAGUACUAGUGGCAAUGGAGUGGGAUGAGGAGGAGGCACGGACACGCACGGUUGGAGUAUUGGACAGGGCGCGCGGAAGCGGGUAGGCCAGCCUUGCAAACCUCAUCUGGGUAACUCAACCAGUCAACCCGUCAACUGCGUGCUGGGGCGUGCAUGCCUAGUUCGGCAGUUGAGCUCUGUAACCAUACAAU